CUCAUUAAACUAUCUAUCUAGUUAUUAAAAAAUAAUAUUUUCAUUGCAUUAUACAGGACUAACAAUGCGGAAGAAACUGGUAACAAGGGAUGGUUGGCAGGUAAUCAUAGAAUAUGAGUUUUUCACGUUUUUGCAAAGGAGGCAGAGCCCCCAGGAUGCUUCACAUUAAGGUUUUAACAUUGGCAAACAUGCCCCCCACCGGGCACACGACGUUGUUUCAACGUUGAAAUUUGGUAGAAAAAAGGUUGCGACGUCGACAACCUAAUAUCUACGUUGCUGACGUUGUUUUACAAACAUUGGUUCAACAGCAGCCAACAGACGUUGAAUUAACGUUCAUUCACGGUUAAAUGUACGACGUCGAUUUGUGAACCAAUCUCAACGUUGUUUUAACGUGGAUUCAACGUUGAAUUAUGGUUGACGAGAUUGGCAACCUAAUUUCAACGUUGUUUCAACGUCGAAACAGUAACGUCAAUCCAAUUUGCAUAGUCAACCCUUUUUCAACGUCUAUCCAACGUCUGGAAGGUCAUUUCCAACGUUGAUUCAACGUUGGAUAAACGUCAUUUUGCCCGCUGGGCCCUGCUUAUUAUCCUUGUAAUCAAAUCCACAAUUUGUCAAUUUCUAAUAUGCCGUGUUCCAAAUACCGGCAUCAUUAUUUUCCAUUAGAAUGCUAUAGAACACAACUCAACUGGAAUGCAAACAGAGUUUAAUCUUAUUUUCUAGUAUAUUUCUUUAUUAAUGGUUUAACUUGGUACUUUUUGCCUUUCUUUGUUAGGUCUUGCAACAUUCACGUUUAUUUUCGUUGGUCUUGCUGUGACUGGCUUCGUCCUUUCUUAUGUGCGGUUCACAACAGUAAGUUUAUUAGAAUAACGAGGACAAAAUACUGUACAGUUAUCUUUCUCAAACUCAUCAAUAAUUCGUGAUAAAAAACGCUCAUAAAUUAACUCCACUAUCAUAUCGGCUCACCUUGAAUUUCUGGACGUAAUAUAACAAAUUCGAAAACUAUUUAUUACCGGCGUAUAAGACACCUCACGUGAAAAGCUUUUUCAACAUACUUUUCGGUAGUGAGUUCGAUCCCUGCUGGGAGAUUUUGGUUAUUUUCUGCACAGGGAUUGGAAUGAGUAUAAAAACAUGAUACUGUUUUCAUUGAUGUAGAGUGAUGGAUGCAGUUUGAACAAGUUUAUAAUCAGUUUCAAUCUCAUUCUCUGCAUUGUGAUGUUGGUGGUGUCCAUUUUACCAAAAAUACAAAAAGGUAAACUUAAGAGAGGUUUCACUUUCACCUAUUAUUAUUACGACGAGCGAAAAGGAUAGGCUGUAAAUAGAUAUGCGGUGCACAGGGUAAAAAAAUAUGGUAAAAAAAAGGCUUAUGCUAAUAUCCAGGUGUACUUUUUGUUUUAGUUCAACCCAAAUCUGGUUUGCUGCAAUCUUCUAUUAUCUCUCUAUAUCUGUCUUAUAUCACACUGACUUCUCUUGCGAGUGAACCGUUUGAUCUGGGUACGUAAUCGUAAGAUACUUCAUAACUUUUCAGGGACGGAUCUAGCUAGCCUCAUCUGCAAGGAGGGGAGAAGGUUUUCAAUGGAGUGGUGCAUGAGGGAGCCGCAAGCUAGAUUUCCAACUGCAAGAAAAGUUUUGCUGUCGAUAUUUUUCGCUUAAUUUCUUUUAAAUUGUGCAAUUGAGCGGCUGAUUUAUUUGGAUGGUCACAAUUCAAAAUAAUUCAAGCGAAGUAUUUGCCUGGACAUUUCUCUGCAAGAGGGAAUCCACCUUUACUGCGCCACUCUCCUCUGCAGUCUGCAACGCUACUAUCCCAGCAUUAUCAUUAUUUAAUAUGAUAUAAUACAUUAUAUUUUGUUUAUCAUACUGUAUCAAGAUCAUACUUUUUCUUCAGUUGAAAAUUUGAACAACGUAGAGCAUGUUUUUUGUUCGUAAUUGCUUGGGCGGAUUUGUACCCAAUAAUUUUGUUGUUUAAUUAUUUCAAGAUUCUUGCCUGAACCAAUACUUUAGACAACUUGCAUGUUACUUAAACUAAUUUUUGAUCUAGGCAAAAAGAAAAUUCCCAUAAUGAACUUAUUAAAAUAAGUAAAAUUGCCCAAUUUUUUUUUACGAAAUGUUGUGAAAUACGGAGUCUUGCGAAGUUUGCACAUUUUGUAUGUUUGUAUUACGUGCUGAAAUCAGUGUUAAUGGUAACAAUUUCUGCACGUAAUAUAUACAAACAUAUGCAAAAUUUUCAAACUUUGCAAGGCUAUAUUUUCCAAGCCUCACAACAUUUCGCAACAAAAUUUUGCAAUCAGUUUACUAAUUUCAUUAUGUUCCUGUGGUGUUUGAUUCCCUUCUCUUUACGUAGAUUAAAAUUUUGUCUAACAUGCAAGUUUUUGUCCAUUACCUAAGAUACGUACUGAAUAUAUCAGAAAUUCGUUUUAUUAUAUCGGCCCAAAAACCUAUAAUGAUCUUCCAACUGACAUUGGAAAGGUAUUAAACUUUAACAUGCAGCAUUGUUAAAAUGGUCAAGGACUCUUUCUAUUAGAAAUUUUCAAUGUCGUAAUAUAGACUGAGAAAUAUAGUAUAGUUAUUUAAUAUAUUUAGAAUUUUGCCAGGACACACAUUGAUAAAGAUCUAUUUUCUGAUGUAAAUCUGCUAUCUAUCUAAUGUUUAUAACUGCACAUGCAGUACAGCAAAAUUGCUUGUUAAAGUACUGUAUAUUGUAUUGUAUAACAACCUCGACGUGUUUACAUAUUUAACCACGAUAUUUAACUAAAGCCGAUUCUCAGUAUUUUUUCGUCAUCUCAUAAAUCAAUUAAAUCGCCCCCCCCCCCCCCCCCCCCCCCCAUCCCCUCCAGGUGGAUCCACCCUUGUAACUCCUUGAGAAUAAUAUUCUUUUAGCUUUAUAGUAACAUUAUAGUAAUGCAAAUUGUUACUAACCGCAUUUAAUUCAUUUUGUAAAUGAACUGUACUUAUAGACAUGGCAAGCAACUCGACCACAACGACAUGCGGCAUUACGGUUUCAAAAUUUGGAGGAUCUCAAAACACGACAAUGAUUGUUGGUCUUGUCGUUACAUUUGUCAUGAUCAUUUAUGCAAUGUAUGUGUAUUUCUUGGCUAUAAUUGUAACAUUUGAUCCAAUGAGAGUCCUUAAACACAUAUUUAAUAGCACAAGUAUUUUAUGUUUUAAAUGUGUUUGAAACUAAUAGCUAUUUAUGAAUUUUUAUAUUAAGUUUGAAAACAUCUGGAAGUGCAGAUCAAAUGAAAAACUACAGCACAGCUGCUGGUAAGAUCCAACUUUAUUCUCCAUCCUCCGAUUAAAUUCUGAAGGAUCAAGGAUUUCAGUCUACAUAUGUGCGAGUGUUUAAUGAAUUUACAAGCGAGAUUUGCUUUCGAUUUUUAUCAGCUUGUCGAGAAACUAUCAACCAGAGCUUUUGUCUCUAUCUACUAAACAAAUCACAAACUGCACAUCGUCAAAUGAGCUCAAUGGCAAUGCCAAUCUGUCAUUUAAGUGAGAGUUUGCUAUCAUCCUUACUUACAUGCAGCUAAGAUCUAGGUUGAUAGAGGCUUUUUAAGGGCACCUGCUGCAGCCACCUUAUGACUCAUGUCUGAUAACGGAGUACAGCUACGGUGGAAGGGUCUGUUUGGAGCUUAUCGUGACCCACCCUAGCCCUGUCAACAUUAGAGAGUUUGAGCAAGAUAACGAAGUACGAAGACGAGGCCAUACUUGACAAUUUUUGCCGUCUGCAUAUUAUCUUAUGCAUAUUGUGUUGGACGUCACUGGUGGUUGGUCAACGUGUCUUCCCAUGUGUCGCUGUUUAUGAAUACUGACCAUAAUUCUUGCACUGAUCCAGAAAAAAACAGGGAGACAUGAAACUAUAUCCCGUCUUUGUUCUUGUGCGACUGUGCCUUUGUGCAGAACGAAGUUGACAACGAAUUUUGCCAAAAUAUUCGUUGUGAACGAAGGCAGAAGAACGAAGACGGGAUAUGUAUUCAUGUCUCGCUGUUUUGUCCUUGGGUCAGCAUUCACAAAUAGCUAGACAUGAAUCUCUAAUCUGUCUUCACUCCUGACCCUAAACUUAGAAUGCGUAAGGUAAUGUGCAAGACAGGCAAAAAUUGUCAACCACGUCGUCGUCGUUCGACUUCGUUGUCUUGCUCAAACUCUGUAUUCCCUGUAGGAGGAAAAGCGGAGUACUCGGAAAAAACCCCACGAUUUCGGUAGAGCGUUGACUGACUCUUGUCCAGGGCCGUACACAGCGGGAGAGGGCAGGGGAAGGGGGCAACUGCCCCCUAGAGAAAACUAUAUAUUUACGAUUCUUAGAAUGUCAUUAUUAAUUAUUCUUUGGAUAUUUGGGACUUUUUUAAGCAUAUAGGCCUUACUGCCCCCCUCCCCCCUGGUGAAGGCAUCGUGCGUACGGACCUGGUCUUGUUACGCAAGUGUCACGCUUGAGUCCGUAGCGAGAAUCGGACCCACAAUCUCAGAGGUGAAAUGCGCUUAAUUGCUCUAACGAUUGCGCAACGUUUGGCCCCUUUUUUAAGCUAAAAGACAAAGUUAGCCCAUGAGUGCCCCAUUUUUAGGCUAAAAGACAAAGUUAGCCCAUGAGUGCCCCUUUUUUAGGCUAAAAGACAAAGUUAGCCCAUGAGUGCCCCCUUUUUUAGGCUAAAAGACAAAGUUAGCCCAUAAGUGCCCCUUUUUUAGACUAAAAGACAAAGUUAGCCCAUGAGUGCCCCUUUUUUAGACUAAAAGACAAAGUUAGCCCAUGAGUGCCCCUUUUUUAGGCUAAAGGACAAAGUUAGCCCAUGAGUGUCAGAUUUCUCUUCCCUUUUUCGCCAAAGGUUUAAUUUCUGUGCAUUAUUAGGUUGUUCAUCAUUUAUACAUUAUUUUGAGUGUUGAGAAGUCUAAGAGAUUUCUUUACACACUAGGUACAGAUGAAGAGAAAGGCAAAGUUGUGACUGGCAGAGAUGAAGUGAUCUACAAUUAUUCAUUCUUUCAUUUUGUUUAUCUUCUUGCAUCGCUCUACAUCAUGAUGGUCAUGACAAACUGGGUCAAGUAAGUGAACAAUAUUUAACGCUUCAGUUAAGAGCGUAUUGGUUCGGACUAACUUUAUCUUGUACUCUCGGUUCUAAACAUCUAAACUGCUCUUCUAUAGUUCUAUUAUACUGAUUAUCCCUGUCAGUUCUAAACUUUCUUCCUAGAGGUCCAAUAAAGGAUAUCCCUUAUUUGUCCAGUUUUACUUCAGGAGAAAACCUAGCUAACUUUAUUUAUACUGAAUAGUUCCAUCAGUUCUAAACUGUUCUCAGUCUCAAGUUUUACUUCAGGAGGAAACAGUGUUCCUCCGAGGUCCAAUAAGUGUCACCCUUGGUGGUGCAGUGUUGCUACAGGAAGAAACCUAGAGCGAGUGACCCUAUCAGUACUAAAUUGUCCAGAACUAUUCUUCCUAGAGAUCCUGUCCUCCUAAAGGUCUUUACAUAUUGGCGAUAUUGCUCCGGUGUUAUUACCGAAGGAAAUCUAAACUAACUUAAUUUAUUUGUCCUGGAUAUCCCUAUCAGUUCUAAACUGUUCUUCCUAGAGAUCCAGUCCUUAUACUCCAGUAUUACUACAGGAGAAAAUCUAAACUAACUUUAUUUGUCCUGGAUAGCUCUAUCAGUUCCAAACUGUUCUUCCUAGAGGUCUAGUAAAAGUCGCCACAUAUUGAUCCUGCAGUGUUUCUAAAGGAGGAAACCUAAACUAAAAGUAAUAAAAGUAACUUUAUUUGUACUGGAUAGCUCUAUCGGAUCUAAACCGUUCUUCCUAACGGCUUUUCUCGCAUACCACAGAGGAGCUUAUUGUUGUUUUUUUUUAUAGGCCAGACCAGUCGGACACAGAGAACGUGCAGGGAACAUGGGCAGCAUUUUGGGUGAAGAUUGUCACAGGCUGGGUUUGUGUUGUGCUGUACUUCUGGACCCUGAUUGCUCCUAUUUGUAUGCCGAAGCGUGAUUUCUCUGCAUCUUAUGUUAAAGCUUAAAACCCUUUUCGACUUAUUUGCUUUAAUAUAAUUAUUAGUAUAUACUUUGUAUCGGUCCUUUAAUAUGUGACAUAAUAUUGAGUAUGGGGGUAUGAAUAUAAGUAGUUCAAAUUGUAGUUUAUAUAUACCAUUGUUUGUCAGUUUUGUACCAAUAAUGGCAAUAUUGCAAUAACUGGUUUGAUUUGUAGAAAGUAUAUGUAAGUAAGUUCUAGUUGGAACAGUGAAGAAUGGCAAGUAUGUAAGUUCUUGUAGCCAGCGGUUUAGUUAAUUAGCCAAACUUUGCUUAACAAAUUAGAUAUUGACUAUUGUAUUAGAAAGAUGAUUUUAGUUUGCAUAAUGGUUUGUGAUAUAAAAUAAGUCGAGGCAAUGUUUUUCAAUGUCGCGUAUGUGCGAUGAAUAGUGCUCAAAACCGAAAAUCCUUUUGGUGUUCCUCCUAAAAUUACUUUGUUUUAGCUUUAUUUUUAUUUUUGUAGUUUACACACAGUUUAGCAACCUUUUUGGGAAACACAAAAUAAUCGUUAAAUAUUGACAAUUUAGAAACAAUUAUCAAUGAUGCUAUAAAAAUUGAUGCCAUAUUUAUACAGCAAUACAGGUAUAAGCCAAACAUACUGAACUUCAGACAUCAUUUUCUCUUUGCCUUUGGCGUACCAUCUAAAAUCUCUCCGUUUUAGCAGGCAUGUAGUAAAACACCGACUACCGGAACACCUCCCAACCCUAACCCCCAACCCUAACUCCAAACCCUAACCCCAAACAAAAUGGUGGUGUUCCGGUAGUCAGUGUUUUACUACAUGCCGUUUUAGCAUAAUCAGUUUAUAAAAAAAUGAAUACAAUCAUAACCAAGUCUGGCAAAUGAAAAGUAUAUUAAUUAACGAACGCUGCGUUUUCUGUCACAUUAAAGACCACCUUUUCCAUCUAGUACGGAAACACAGCAUGGAUUAAUUUCAGGGAAAUCGUACAUUGGCUCGGAAUUAUUGGACGCCAGAUUGACGCUGUUUACCUUGAUAUGUCCAAGGCUUUUGACAAAUUCCAGGGUUCGUACACCUUCAUAAUUUAAAAAAUCCAGGGUUUUCCAGGAACUUUUUUCAUCCUUUUUCCAGGGGCAUUUGAAAUAUAAAUCUAUAAGUGUUUAACGGAUAAGAAACGUUCGCGACGGCUAGUACUUCAUCUUGCACAGACAUUUUAUAGGUUUGUGCCUGCAGUUUGAACGAAAGGUCGCGCCGUAUGCCCAAGAAAUGCUGCGACUAUAUAUAAUUCAAGAAACUUUUGCUCAUUCUUUCUUUUUAAGAGCGUUUUAAAAAUAGUGUAGGUAUAAUCCUAUACCCAGCUCAGUUAGUUUCUUUUUAAGAUAGUCUUAAAUAGUUUAGGUAUAAUCCUAUACCCAACUCAGUUUUCCAGGGAUAAAUUUGAAAUUCCAGGGUUUUCAAGGGUUUUUCAGGACUACAAUAAAAAUCCAGGGUUUUCCAGGGGGCGUACGAACCCUGAAAUUCGAACAAGAGCGCCUCGCACACAAGUCGAGCAUGGCUAGAUGGGAGGUAGACUUAUUCAAUGGUUUCAUUCCUACUUAAACUUAAAGGGGCAAUGUCACCGACUUUUGACCUAAAAUGCCUUUUAUUCAAAAACUGAUCAACUUCAAAGUUAAAAAUAAACAUUGUAAAUGGAUUAAGUUAUGAUAUACGAGUAAUAUUAAACAACUUUGAACAUCCACACAAUAUGACAUUUUCAUAAAAAUUGGAAUGACAAAAACUUGAAAAAGUGUCUGCCAACAAUUAAUCAAGAUGCCAUUUACAAUCAUAGAAUAUCUAUGACUAUGUUUACAAUCCAUCUCAAUCCUGGCGUUAUCUUUCCCACCCACAGAUUUCUGUACAUGUUUUUUGUGUCUGCUAUUGCUUUAUUUUGUGCUUACACUCAUUCCUUUUCAGUUUUGGGCACAAUUUGCGAGGGUUGGAAUUGCUUAAAAAACAUUGCUAUUGGUUUGUUGAGCAAAAAUACAAUACACAUGUGACGGCGAAGAACCAGAUUUAUGAAUAAACGUUGACUAACAUAGAUAAGGAUUUAUAUUGUUAUUCCAAGGAGUUUCACAGCCAUCUUCCCUUCGAUAGGCUAAGGUCUAACGGGGCCACAGUAAUUGGCUCGCGCAGUUACGGAUUAAUUGUAACAUAACAAGGCAAAGCUAAUAUUGUGAUAAACGUACUAAAUUAAAUUACUUUAGUUUUGAGCGCGUGUUACACGACAUUUUAAGAUUCUCCUCAACAAGUUGUUGGACAUCUAAACUUAUGAGUUCUAGCAUGAGGCAGUGAGAUAGUUUGGCAUUGGACAUACAAAUUACCAGAACCCAGUGCAUAGCCAUAGGAGCGUAGAUGUUUUGUUGUAGUUUUUCUCCACUAAUACUAAGGCAAACCAAUUUUAUUAUGAGUCUGCAUGUCACAAAACCGCUGUCAUAAUGGUUGCAUCUGAAUCUCUACAUAACUCAUAAGACAAACUUAGACUAAGUGUCCGAAAACAUCUUAAAACGUGAAUAGCUUCAGCUUUUACGUACUAUAUUUUCCAUUUUGCAAAUCAUUAAAGGUUAAACUAUAACACCGCUGAAAACAAAGUCACAAUCAAACACGCUAAAUUUUAUUAAAAAGUUUUGAUCUAGUAUUAAUCAAGCUGGAACCACGACUAUACCAAACACAGCUCAUGAAGACACCGACUAAGAUUGAUUCCCAAUGCCCUUCUAACAGUUGCCAAAACUUUUCCAUAUAAUAAGGUUAUCAAUCUACGCUAAAAUGUCCCAAAAAUACAAAAUUUCGUUCAGUUGGCUUCAAUCGUGUGUAUGGCCCAGGCGGGAGUGCAAUUCUCGAGUAUCAGUGUGUGUUGUUUUGUGUUGUUUACAUGUCCUUUUUGUCUUCUUCCUCCUCUGCUUCUUGUUGUUGUUGCUUCACAUACUGGUUGAGAGCUUCGUUCUUGGCUGGAACAAGAA